AUGUCGAUGUCCAAGGGAUCUAAGCUGCUACAGUACAUCAACUACCGCAUGCGCGUGACCGUCACCGAUGGCCGCGAGCUCGUCGGGAAAUUCAUGGCCUACGAUCGCCACAUGAACCUCGUCCUUGGGGACUGCGAGGAGUUCCGCAAGCUGCCACCCAAAAAGGGCUCCAAGGCGCCGGAGGACCGCGAGGAGCGCCGGACAUUAGGGCUACUUAUUCUCCGCGGGGAGGAGGUAGUUAGUCUUACCGUCGAAGGCCCGCCGCCGCAGGAUGAGAACCGUGGUAGAGCCGCCGGCGCAGCGGCAGGGGGACCCGGUGUUGGGCGCGCGGCAGGGCGCGGAGUUCCGACGGUUCCGCUCGGUCAAGCGCAGCCCGGCUUGGCGGGGCCCGCGCGUGGAGUGGGGGGACCGGCGCCGUCGUUGAUGCAGCCGCGCCCGCAAGUUGCGGCUCCGCCGAUCUCGUACCAGGCUCCUGGAGGCGCGGCUGGCGCUGCUCCUGGCCGUCCGCCUCCCGUCUCGUUCCCCCCGCCCGCGGGUUUCCCUGGGGGAGCUCCGCCGCGGCCGGGGAUGCCCCCCCCGCCAGGCGGAAUGCGCCCGCCCGGGAUGGGCCCUCCCCCGUCCAUGUACCCCCAGGGUCCCCCGCGCCCGGGCAUGCCUCCCCCGCCCGCCGGUUACGGUCCCCCUGGCGGUCCGCCUCCGCAAUUCCCCCCGCGCGGCCCUCCGCCAGGCGGUGCGCCGCCGAUGCAGUACGGGCGGGGAAUGCCCCCGCCGGGGGGAAUGCCUCCGCCAGGGAUGAUGGGUCCGCCCAGGCCGGGGAUGCCCCCUCCGCCAGGGGGGCAUCCGGGGAUCAGCAUGGCAUCUGCGGCAGCACGCAGUACAGUCACGGAAGUGGAGCUGAUUCCAGAGUUUCUCGCCACGGGCGUGCUUCCCACCCUUCCACCCCCUCCCUUCCACCCCCUCCCUUCCACCCCCUCCUUUCCAACCCCUCCCUUCCACCCCCUCCCUUCCACCCCCUCCCUUCCACCCCCUCCCUUCCACCCCCUCCCUUCCACCCCCUCCCUUCCACCCCCUCCUUUCCAACCCCUCCCUUCCACCCCCUCCCUUCCAACCCCUCCCUUCCACCCCCUCCCUUCCACCCCCUCACGCCAGCAGGGCAAAUGCAGCGGAAGCAUGGCAUCGGGUGCACGGCACAGCAGCACAGAGGUAGAGCUCACUCCCGAGGUUCUCGCCACGGGCGUGCUUCCCACGCUGCCUCGCCUUGAUCCCGCCGUUGCCAGAGCGCUUGACCGAUCCCUCUCGUUCCCUUUCCUCUCAUUCCCUCUCAUUCCCUUCCAUUCACUCCCAUUUUCUCUCAUUCCCCACCCCAUAAUCCUUUCCUCCCUCACCUUCCAAUUCCUCUCGUCCCCUCUCCCCAGAGAAUUUCGGCAGCAAGGAGCAGUGGCAGGCGGCAUCGAGUCGAGUGAAGGCGGACGAGCCGCCUCUCCUGAUGUUGCCUCAUGUCCCCCUUCCCCCUCUCUCCCCCCUCCAGAGCAACUCGGCAGCAAGGAGCAGUGGCAGGCGGCAUCGAGUCGAGUGAAGGCGGAGGUGCCGCUUCUCUCUUCUGGAGGCAGCAUUAAGCAGAGUGAAGGUGGAGGAGCCACCUCUCUUAGUGGAACAAAGGAGCAGCUGGAGACGGCGUUAGGCAGAGUGAAGGUGGAGGAGCCACCUCUCUUUUUCGAGGCUGCAUUGAGUCGAGUGAAGGCGGAGGAGCCACCUCUCUUUGUGAAGCAGCUGUUCCGCAUACGAGGGGACCUCGAUGUUCCUCUGGACGACCCUGAUAUUGCACGCUACCUUACCAAGCUCUCAUAG